GAAAUGGAGUGGGGGAUGAGAAAGUUUCUCAGCACAGUAUUGCAGCAGCAAUUUGCACCACUCUUUCUAAAAACCUAUUCAGGAAGAAUGGUUUACUUGACUAUAAAGUUAACGACAAAGUGCUCACUACAACAGCUGCAGAUGAGAAGUUAUUUAUUUUCAUUGCAUCGUGAUGGUACAGCACAGGAUGAAAAGAUUCAUUCAUUGGCCAUCGUUGCAGGCAGUACCAGGGGUUUCAUAUUUCAUGGGAAAGCUCCGAAGCACGGUGAACAAGAAGUGAGCGUUUUUGAAUCUUGUGACUAA